AUGCACCUCCUCGCCCUCGCAAUGGGCGUCCUCGUUGCCUCGACCGUACGGCUCGCGUCGGGGGCGUCAGUCCCGGCCGGCACGACUACUAUCGCCGAUCCCUCGCUCGGCGACGACGGUCUCGUGUGCAUCCCGUUCGAGGACCCACGAUGCUGCGUCGACCAGCCGGUGUGCCAAUGCGACGACGGCACAUUCUACGACGCGAACCCGAACCCAGCCGGGCUUCAGAGGCUCUGCGCGCCCCCCAUCGGCGAGGGGUACGGGGACGUGCCGGAGAGUCUACCGGGCUGGUGCUGCGUGUGA